UCACUUUAACUUAUUGCACCAGUUCAGUAGUGCAGCUGAAAAGAACAGACCAAAAAGGUCAAUUGACACGCGGCUAAAAUCACUGCUAGCGAUUUGUGGUUAUAUAGUCAAAGAUCUCAAUAAAAUAAAUAUUUAGAACAAUUUAGAAUAAGAGAAAGAAGAAAUCUAGCUUUGAAUUCUUACUGAAAUGGCAAAUUCAUUAGCGAACGUAACUGUAUCGAAUAUCUUGAAGAACAAAAGCUCGUUUGAAGAUGAACCACGAAAGAAGAGUCGAGAAGAUUGGCGGAAGGCAAAGGAACUCGAAGAGGCGAGAAAGGCUGGUACUGCUCCGGCUGCUGUUGAUGAAGAAGGAAAGGACAUCAAUCCGCAUAUACCUCAGUAUAUCAGUGCAACACCAUGGUAUUUUGGUGCCCAAGGUCCUACUUUAAAGCAUCAGCGGCCACAGCCUGAGAAACAGAAAGAGUACAGUGCUAUUGAUGCAUGGUACAGUCGUGGAGUAGAUGAUUCAAGAACAGCAGUCAAGUAUCGUAAAGGUGCUUGUGAAAACUGUGGUGCGAUGACACAUAAAAGGAAAGAAUGCAUGGAAAGGCCACGUAAAGUUGGUGCUAAGUACACAAAUUCUAAGAUAGCUCCUGAUGAAUUUACCCAACCUGAGUUAUCAAUGGAUUAUGAUGGUAAGAGGGAUCGGUGGGCUGGUUAUGAUCCAUCUGAACAUAGAGCUAUAGUAGAGGAAUAUCAGAAAGUAGAGGAAGCUAAGAGACAAAUGCGUGCUGAAAAGUUCAAUGCAGAAGAAAAUGAUGAGCAGGAUUCAGACAAGGAUGAGGAUAAAUAUGUGGACGAAGUGGAUAUGCCAGGCACAAAAGUAGACUCGAAGCAGCGUAUUACUGUGAGAAACCUACGUAUACGGGAAGACACUGCUAAGUAUCUUCGUAAUCUGGAUCCAAACUCCGCAUAUUACGAUCCUAAAACUAGAUCUAUGCGAGAUAAUCCCUAUGUUGGCACUGAGCGCGAAGUGAAUUAUAAAGGUGAAAACUUUGUACGCUUUUCUGGUGACACACAGCAACAUGCCAAUGCACAAUUGUUUGCUUGGGAUGCACAUGAGAAAGGAGUCGAUGUACACUUACUUGCUGAACCUACGAAAUUAGAAUUAUUAAAACAGGAAUAUGAUAAGAAGCGGGAUGAAUUGAAAGACAAAGCACGCGACAAUAUAAUUGAAUGUUAUGGAGGUGAAGAGCAUCUUGAAGCACUACCAAAGAUGCUAUUGUUAGCACAGACAGAGCAUUAUGUGGAAUAUUCAAGAUACGGUAAAAUAGUUAAGGGACAAGAUAGACAGGUGAUACGAUCUAAAUAUGAGGAAGAUGUUUGUCCAAAUAACCAUACAUCAAUAUGGGGUUCUUACUGGCAAGAUGGAAAAUGGGGUUAUCAGUGCUGUUAUUCCUUUAUUAAAAAUUCAUAUUGUACCGGAGAAUGCGGGAAGAAAUCAGUCGAGGCUACGGCUAGUAACAUACAAAGUAAAAUAUUUGCGAAAUCUGACACAGAAGAAACGGAAGAUAAUGAAUCCCGACGAUUAUCGGAUAUUCCGAACAAGGAACAUUCUUCAAGCAACGAAUCCUCAUCUGAUGACGAAGAUGCAAAGAAUAAGACAGAGAGACAAAGCAAAGCGAUUAAACGAAAAUUGAAGAAACAAAGAAGAAAAGAAAGUCGUAAGAAUAAGAAAAAAAAUGAAAAACAGAAAGACAAACUAAAGGAAGCGUUGAGAAAAGAGGAGGAAAAUACGGAAGAAGUGGACAAAUUAUUAAAGAUGGACGAGAGGAAACGUCCGUAUAAUAGCAUGUACGAGGCGAAGGAACCAACGAACGAAGAGAUAGAAGCAUAUCAAAUGAAACGCAAACGCUAUGAGGAUCCGAUGACAAAUUUUAUUUAAAAUUAAUUACGACAUUAUUUGUAACAAUUUUGCUGCUCAAAGGAAAUGACAUCUAUGAUGAAACAACAAAUUUUUAUCCAUCAGUUGCCAAAAAAUCUUAGUGAUAUGUAUCCUCAUGAUUUACAAUUGUAUCAAAAUGCACCGUUUGGAGAAAUAAUGUUGGACGAGUUACAAGAAAUAAGCGAAACACGGC